GCAAGAGAGUCGUGCGAGUUUCUGUGUUUCAGUCAGAGUGAAAAAGUCUUGCAAAAUGAUCACGUCUAUCAAUGAGUCAAAGUACCGUAUCGCGUUCGGUGGUGGUUUGCUGCUGCAGCUGUGCUGUUUGUGAUGUGUGUUGUGUGGCCUAGAGAUUUGCUGUCAAAGAAAGAAAGGGUCAAACUAUUUACAACUCUACAGUGCACUGGAUGCUGAAAGUUGCAUAGUGAUUCGGCUGAAGGCCGUUUGCUCGUCAUCGAAAAGAUUCUCGUGACUCGGGUUGAUUCCGGACUUGGUGGGGCUCGCUGGAGCCUUGUGUUUUUUUUUUCGUUUCGGAGUACUGGGUACCCGCCUAGAAGUCCUGCCUCCGCCGGAGACAUAUCUAGGCCACACCAAUAUUUCGCUCUCGCGGGUCGGUCGGUUCCGUCGUAUCGCUCGUUCGCUCGUGCGGGAUAACAGCCCCGAAAAAUUCCAGUGCGACUGAGGCCCGUCUCAUAGGGUAAGAAGGCUGCAGUCACUCGGUGGACAUCCCUUAUCAUCUGAUACUUGACUCAACUUUAGUUUGAGAUUUGUUCUUUGUUACGCUCCCCAAAACCAUAAAUUGUUUUAAGAUUUAAAAUAUUUUCGUAACUUGCGUCAACAGUUGUAAUCCUUGUUCGCUGUAUAGCACAUUUCAUUACAAAACCACUUGGUUGUUGGGGUUGUACCAUCGAAGGCCUCUUACCCUACUGCUCACUCACAGCUUAGUGUACUGACUGGUUACUGGUUCUGUGUGUUGUUGAAACUUGAGAGCGAGAGAAAAACGCAGGAGAGACAGCAGCCACCUCGAUAAUUCGCUAAUAUUUCGAUUACACCUAGCAAGUUAAUGGAAGUAGUGAUACCGCGGGAUUGAUAUCCGUUUGUUUCUUCUGCAGAGCGCAGUGUAACGCACUUUCAAACCCUCGGAAUAUUGGCAGAGAUUUUGACCAUCGUCUCGGAGCUAGUGAUCGUCACACGGCCGCGGCGACGGCAGCCUUGAGUUCCAGUCAGCAGUGAAGUGAACCCGCGUGUUACGAGUGUGAGUGUAUGUAAAUAUAGAGGAAACCCAGGCUUGUGGUUUGAAAACAAGAAGAGUGUGAAAAAUAGAAGCAUGAAUCAGGUGUUUACAAUCGCAAACGAUUCCGUAUCAACAUUCAACAGUUGCUAGUGUUUCUCGUUUGUGGUUGAUGAUGCAUUGUUGCCCUCGUCGCUAGUAUCAGUUGGUUUACGGAUGUAAACUGGCUGCAAAAUAAUCCCCCUAUCCCCCCCAUUCGUACGCUACCAUUGCAUAGUUUGUAGUGCUCGAAACAGAAAUGACUUGCGUCGAAAGCAAACAGACAACAAAUUAAGCCCCAAGAUCUCGCCAAGAGCUGUUAGAACGAGGAUAAACAGCGAGAGGAAAAUCAACAUUAAUAAACAGACUAAUUCACCCAAGGGACGAACAUUUUCAACGCCCAGCAUACUCGAGGCCACCAGGGAUCGCAUAACUUCGAUAUUCUACAUUAAAGUAAAAUUGAUUUUCAAAUUGUGUCAACGAGCUCCAUAUCAUAUACCACACACAAAAAAAAAACCCAACCACUUACCCUAUCUCGGUCGGCCAGCUAUUAAAUUCGUCGCGUGACGUUAAUCAACAGCGUGUUUGCAUUCUCUCAAAUGCGUGGGUGUGGUCGCGCGUAAUAAACCUGCAUUAAUUCGCGAAAAGGUAGGCAUGGAAUGAUGGCUUACCGAAUUGGAUUCAAAUUGAAACUGAAUCCAAUUGAGUGUAAAUAUAAAUAAUUAAAAAAAAAGUAAUGAUACUGUCGUAUUAAAGUGUUUGACGCUUGCAUUCGUGUUUCUCCGCGAUCGCUGCUGCCACCGAGGGAGCAAGCGGAAGCAGCAAGUGUAUGUGCUAAUUGCAUUGAAUUAUUGAAUCUUGUGCAUAGAAGAGGAGAAAGAAGUGAAUAAAGAAUUAUUCAUACGAACGCGUGCUGUAACGUGAAACCAUUGCAUUGGCUAUCUCCGUUCCUGCUUCUACGGCUGGGUUGAAGUACAGGGCGGGAUACAGUGAAGAGGUGGAGCAUUAAUUGAGUGAGUGUGUUGAGUGAUAUUAAUACAUCAGGCGUAUCUCGACACAUAACCAUGGCUUCUUCGGCAACUCUGAGUGCGGAGGGAAGUGGCAAGCAGCAGCAGCAGCAGUCCCCACGCAAUACCGGAGGCCAAACAGUGACCAAUCCAACCGCGGUUAAGCUGGGUACGAUGGAAGUCCCGAAGGCGCUGCAGGAUGGUGAAAAAUUCCUCAAAUGGGAUGAGGAAACGUUCACCGGAAUGCCAGUGACAGUUCGUGUCGACGCCAAAGGUUUCUACCUGUACUGGGUGGAUCAGAAUCACGAAAUGUACUUCCUCGACAUAGCCACCAUCCGCGAUGUACGCACGGGACCGUACGCCAAAAAGCCACGGGACAUGAAAUUGCGACAGCUCGUCACAAUGGGCUCCCAGGACACGCUGGAGGAAAAAACCGUCACCGUUUGCCACGGUGCAGACUUUGUCAAUGUGAAUUUCAUCAAUUUUUGCUGCACCAGAAAGGAGAUUGCAAGGUUAUGGAGCGACGAGCUCAUCCGGAUGGCAUAUAAUCUGACUCAGCUGAACGGGCCCGCGAUAAUGUUCCUCCAGAAAGCGUACACCAAACUUUGCCUGCAGGUCGACAAGAGCGGAAAGGUCCCCGUGAAGACCAUCAUCGAAGCAUUUGCCACCAACAAGGCCGAACGGCGACGCGUAGAGAAGGCACUCGACGUUUCCGGACUGCCCUCGGGGAAGGGCGACACGCUGGCGCUAUCCAAGUUUCAAUUCGAGGACUUUUUCAAUCUGUACAAAAAUCUCACCCAAAGAACCGAAGUGGAGAAGGUCUACGAUGAGCUAGUCGGAACGUCAAAGCGGCGGCUCAUGUCCACGUCACAGCUAGUUGAUUUUUUGAACAAAACCCAGCGUGACCCGAGGCUAAAUGAAAUUCUACAUCCCUACGCAAACACGGCCCGGGCAAGAGAGCUGAUUCAGGAGUACGAACCGAACAAGUUUAACGCCCAAAAAGGACAGCUCAGCUUCGAUGGUUUUUUGAGAUACUUAAUGUCAGAAGAUAACCCAAUCAUGGCACCGAGCAAGCUGGACCUGUGCGAUGACAUGGAUCAACCACUGUCACAUUACUUUAUCAACUCAUCGCACAACACCUACCUGACGGGUCAUCAGAUAACGGGCAAAAGCUCGGUGGAAAUUUACCGACAGAGUUUGCUCGCCGGAUGCAGAUGUGUCGAGUUGGAUUUCUGGAACGGUCGCACGGAGGAGCCCAUUAUCGUUCACGGCUACACCUUUGUUCCAGAAAUUUGUGCAAGAAACGUACUAGAAGCAAUAGCUGAAACAGCAUUCAAGACAUCCGAAUUUCCUGUGAUACUAAGUUUUGAGAACCACUGUAACCCGAGGCAGCAGGCAAAGAUAGCAAACUACUGUCGUGAUAUUUUUGGAGAUAUGUUACUAGAUAGGCCCCUAGAUUCCCAUCCCCUUGAGCCCACAAUGGUUUUGCCCUCACCAGCGUCACUUAAGCGAAAAAUCAUCAUUAAGAAUAAGAAAAAGCACCACCAUCACCAUCAUCACCACAAAAAGGGCACAAUCACUAGUCCAACGGCGGCAGCGGCAGCAGCAGCGGUGGCAGGAGGAGCGGCCAAUGCAGUGGCGACAUCCAAUAGCAAUAUAACCACCGUGGCCGGCGGUACCAUCAUCGCAGGUAACAACGCGAGCGCCAAUAAUAAUGUCAGCAAUAACAUAAACGCAAACACCACUUCCGCCACCUUGAUGGCGACCGCGGCGGCCGGAACGGCAACACUCAUCACCACCAGCACCGGUAAUGGUAGCAGUACCGGUGUAGCAGCCACACCAGCCAGUGCAAGCUUACAGCAAUCUCAGUCACAAAAUCAGGAGGAUAGUAGCACCGCUCCAAGCAACACCAACAACGGCAUCAGCAGUAACUUCAGUAGCAACGGCAACAAUAACAACAACAGCAGUAGCACUCUCAUUAUCACCGCCUCGACUACCAUCGGCACCACCACACUACCCACCAACGUCGCCAACACACAAGCAAUAGCAACUGGUAAUGGCGACGUGCCGCACCAUGCACCUCCAUUACAGCAAAUUCGUCAGAGUUCAAAGGAAAGCACCGGUUCAUCGGACACGGAUAGCUCGAGCGACGACGAGUCGAUGCCGGGAGCGCAAGCCGGACCAAUAGGAUCCACCGAGGCGGACAAGGUACCGCAAACCAAAGAGACUGAAGCGGGUGCGGAAAUUUCCGCCCUCGUCAACUAUGUUCAACCUGUACAUUUUAGUAGUUUUGAAAAUUCCGAAAAGAAGGCACGUUAUUACGAGAUGUCUUCAUUUGAUGAGAAACAGGCAACCACACUGCUGAAGGAGCGACCCAUUGAGUUUGUCAACUACAACAAACGUCAGUUGUCACGUGUCUACCCGGCGGGGACGCGUUUCGACAGCUCUAAUUUCAUGCCACAGCUAUUUUGGAACGCCGGUUGCCAACUAGUGGCCCUCAACUACCAAACCCUCGAUCUCGCCAUGCAGCUGAAUCUCGGACUGUUCGAAUACAACCAUCGGUGUGGAUACGUUUUGAAGCCGGAGUUUAUGCGCCGGAAAGACCGCCGGCUGGACCCGUUUGCCGAGAGUACUGUCGACGGUAUCAUCGCUGGUACGGUGAUCGUGACGGUACUGUCGGGUCAAUUUCUAACGGAUAAGAAAGUCGGCACCUACGUUGAGGUGGACAUGUUUGGCCUGCCGGCAGAUACGGUGCGGAAAAAAUUUCGAACCAGAAUAGUGCGGGACAAUGGGAUAAACCCGAUCUACGGCGAGGAUCCGUUUGUGUUUAAGAAAAUCGUACUACCGGAAUUGGGCAGCAUAAGAAUAGCGGCGUACGAGGAAGGCGGAAAACUGAUCGGUCACCGAGUGCUGCCUGUGAUUGGAAUGUGUCCCGGGUAUAGGCAUGUAACGCUGAGGACGGAAGUCGGUCAACCGAUUACGCUGGCCACACUGUUUCUGUCGAUUGUCGUCAAGGACUACGUUCCGGAUGGGUUGUCCGAGUUGGCGGAGGCCCUGGCCAAUCCAAUCAAGUAUCAAAGCGAGCUGGAAAAGCGUUCGGAACAGUUGGCAGUGCUGCAAGAGGAUAUGGAACCCGAGGAGGAAGAAGAUGCAUGUUCGAGAAAGGAUACGUUGAAGGCUAGUGAAAAUACGAGUGGAAGUCCGCUACACAGGCCCAGUGUGCAGACAGCGUCCGCCCUGGCGGCGUCAGCGGCCGCAUCUACCGACAGUGACCACGAACGGGAAAUGCCUCUGGAAAUGAUCUCAAAGGUAGUGACUUUACCGGUCGCACAGUCAUCGAUGGAUCAAACUAGUCCGCUGCUGGUAAAGCAAGCAACCAUUCAACAGCAGCAUCAUCCACUGCAGCUGGAGAAGCAACAACUGUCAUUCCAUGCUGCAGACCAAACGGAUGCUCGUAAAAUUGUGGCCGAACCAUUGGAGAAAAUCUUUGAGGACAAGCAGGUGCGGAAGAAACGGGAUGCUCUGGAGAAGGAACUGAAGACGCUGAAGAAAAACCACGACAAGGAGAAGAUUAAGGUAACAACGCAGAAGAGUGGAGAUCUUAGUGAUGGGAUCAAGAAGAGCAAGUUCGGUAUGGGUAACAAGCUGGUCAAACGGUUUAGUAGUAAAAAUAUGGCUGAUAUGAGCAUUCGGAUACCACCCUGCGCGUCGGAUGCGGACUCGUGUGAUAACAGUGCUCAAGCGGAGAGAUUGAAACAGAUUUGCCGGGACCAUGCCAGUAGCUAUCGGGACGUUCUGGAAAAGUACCACGAAGUAAUAUACAACCUGGCGGAUGAUUUACUACGACAAUCACAGGAAAGUCAGAUCAAGCAGCUGAAGACACAACACGAACGUGAAACCAGUGAGGUGAUGCGACAGCUGCAGUUAUCCAGGAAGAAUGAGGUCAAACUGCUGGCACAGGUGCACAAAGACAAGGACGAAUUGGAGAGAAUGAAACGGGAAGUGGAUUCAACGCUGGUGGAAAAGGGUGUAGCUGAACGAGUCCGACUGACGAAAACGUACGAACGAAAGCGUGAUGAACUUCAGCGGCAGCACGAGGCCGUGAAGCAAGGACUCGAAGAUCACCGAGCGAAAGCCAAAUCGAUGUUCGAAAAGGAAGCCGAAUCUCAUGCCUGUAUCUCGGAAUCAUUUCUGGCCCAUCUAAAUAGCAGUACCAGUACGACCAGUUGUUCGUCGGUCGGAACCCUCCCGACAACGUCGAUCUCGAGUGGUAAUCUCUGUGCUAGUGGUGGCGGUGGUGGUCCUAUCACAAAGUCAGUUUCUUCCUCCUCCAACGCACACGAGAAUAAUGUUAACAAUACUCACGUUCACUUUGCAGAGUGAGAUGUUUUUUACUAGAGAUUUUUUUUUCAUUGGAUUAAGGAGAAGAAAGGUUGUGGAGUGAGGAUGAGCAUCAAACCAAGUUUACAAAUGCUUGGAAGGUUGUUGAACACAAUGUAGCGUAUUUUUUUUUUCUUUGGGAAAAGCUACUCUAUUUCAUUCGACUGAGGAUUAAUAACCAACGGGGGCGAAACCGUGUACAUUGUUUAAGUUACGGUUCGUUAAUCGGUGAAGCGAUCGCUAUCUCCAGUAUUUGUACAAAAAGGAAUUCCAUUUGAUUUGUCUGUUAUGGAAGUCGUUGGCCUAACUAGAAUUAUUUGUAUCUGAAAUGUUGGGUAGUUAUUGGUUGCAUAUGAUUUUUGUCAACUCCAAUUAUAUUAGAAUGCAAAUGGGGCAAAGCCGGACGUUGAACGUCGCGGGAUUAUUUGAAAUUGAAAAGCGUAAACGCUGCGAUCUACCAUUAGAAUAUAGUAAUAGUUAUUGGAAAGUAGUGGAAGAAAUAAUACAUGGAACUCGUUGACGGGUAAAAACAUAUACUAGUAAGAUCUAAACAACAAACGUAACUCGAUACGCACCAGAAGCUAACAUGUUGAAGUAGAUUGGCAAUUCGAAUGUGUAACAGCUGUCACCGCAGUACUCUGUAACGGUAGAGGUAACCAUUGGAGAAUCUCAUUAGGCUAGGUUUAGAUAAAUUGGUACUGAUUGUGGAGAUGAGAGUGGGGUUGGGAUUAUAUUUAAAGGAUUUGGUGUACACGGAAAAUAUUGCAGCUUAUUCAUCUGUAUCCUUGGCAAAAGACGAAAUUGUAUCGAAUUUCCGAAGGAGAGGCUUCUAUCAAGUAACUUAACUUAGCAAAACAGGUCUACUCUGCUUGGCGUGUGAAGUGAGGCGACCUACUGUCAUUAGAUUUACACGGAGAGUCACCUCACCUCAAACGCCGCGCAGAAUAGGCAUGAAAAUAAAAUCAUUUUUAUCGGGCUUAAGUAUUUGGACGGUCAUUGAAAAGAACACAAAAAUGGUAGGGGAAAUGGUUCUAAUGUUGACCAAUGGAUCCAAAAUUGGGCCCAUCGCUAAAAAUCUGCUAUUUAUCAAUUUUAUCUAGAUGAACGCGUCUUUGGUACGGUACUAAUAGAUAUUUUUGGCCUCUAUUAAAAAUUUAGUCGAUUGCUGAAUUUAUGUAUGAGCCCAAACUAGAGGAUUUAAGGCCGACAUUAUAUCCAUUUCCCCUAUGACAAAUUUUAUCAUUGACAGCAAAUUCAAAUUGACGGAAUUCUAGGACUAGCGUCUGAAAAGAGCUUAUCCAUUUCUACAAGCAAGAACAGUAUCAAAUGUUGUGUUGAAAAUCAAAACUCAAUAAAAGGUUAUACAUAAACCACGUGGGCAGUUUAUGAGUAAUUUUAGACCCCCUACCCGAGCAAAGCUGGGAUCAAAUUGAAAUCAAAAUUUGCUGUUAUAAUGUAACAUAUUUUGAAUACUCCAGUUGAUCUCAUUUUUGUUGACUUAACGGUUAACACAGCAAAAAUGAGAGCAAAAUUUUACACUUUUGAAUCAAGGGAAAAACUAAAGCACAAUAUGAUAUUCAGACUUUAAUUUCGAUUUGCUUUUAUUUUGAUAUCUGACUUUGCUCGGGUACGCAUCCUCUUGCGAGGACAAUCAUCCAUACUUUUCUUUUAUUUGUAUGGACCAUGGACACUCGCCGCUACCAUCGCCCUUAAACUGUCCACGGUGUAUAUGGACAACUCCUAAUGGAAAUCAACAGUUCUGGGAGUCUUUUUUGAAUAGGUUCUAUGUCCAUUUGUUGAAAAAAUCGAUUAAUUUAAUUCGCUUUUUUUAAUGGUUUUUCAAUAUUGAUACAAUAGUCAAAAGUUCAAAGAUUAAAUUAAAGAUUGUACGUAUCAUUAAUGCGAAAAUACCGCAACGGUUGCGGUACAAAGUAGUACCGCGGUACAAACAAGUAAGGUAAUCGAUUGUUUGAUCGACAAAUGGACAUAGGACCUAUUCAAACAUUAAUCCAGAAUUUGUGAAAGACAAGAAAAGACCUUCUUUACUUCCCAACUCUUCCGAGAUUUAAAUGUUUUUAGUUUGUUUGUUUGGGUUGAUUAAAGAUGUUUUAACAAUCCUGUGGUCGUACGCCCUGACGAUGUGAGUGAUGAGGGAAAACGGAAUGGAAUUCUCCACAUUUAAUCUUCCUGAUUACUGGAUUUCGAUGAAGACACAACCCCUCGUGAGGCACAGCCGUUAAUUGCAGCAUGCAAACGCCGCGUUGAAAGCAAAUGCGCACUGCGAAAUGCUGCAAGGCAUACUCGA